AUGAAUCAAAGGAAGUAUGCUCUAGAAAUGAUUUCUGAGGUGGGGUUAGCUGCUGCAAAACCAGUAAUGACACCACUAGAAUGCAACAUGAAGUUAACUUGUGUGGAAUUUGAUGAAGGCAGUGCCAUUAAUGAUGAUUUAUUUCCAGAUAUUAACAAAUACCAAAGGCUUGUUGGGAAGCUGUUGUACUUAACUAAUACAAGGUCAGAUAUAUCAUUUGCAGUACAAUGUUUGAGUCAGUUUAUGCAGAAGCCAAAAAGGUCACAUUGGGAGGCAGCAUUGAGGGUGAUUAGAUACAUCAAAGUUGAACCAGGAAAAGGGUUGUUGAUGAGUGCAAAUACAAAACCUCAACUUACAGGAUUCUGCGAUGCAGAUUGGGUUGUAUGUCCAAAUACUAGAAGGUCUGUGGCUGGUUUUAUAUUGAAGUUUGGUGAUUCUUUAAUAUCUUGGAAGUCUAAGAAGCAAAAUACAGUGUCUAGAAGUUCUGCUGAAGCAGAAUAUAGGAGUUUGGCUACCUUGACUGCUGAGAUCGUUUGGGUAAACAAUUUGUUUCAUGAAUUGGAAGUAAAUUGA